AUGCCUGCCCCACCGAAAGCACGCGUCGAUGUUGACGAAGACGUAGACGACCUCGACGACGUACUCCAGCAAUUCAGCCAACCCAAACCCGCCAAAGCACCCCCGGCGGCCUCAUCCGCGGCGUCCGCAUCCACCAGGACCACCGCGCCCGCGCCUUCUACCAACACUAACACCAAAGCCAACCCACCACUCGCAGAUCUCCCAGACACGGACCUGUCGGAAGAUUUCGCACGCGAGCUGACGCGCGGCAUGGAGUCCCUCAUGCGCGAGAUCGCGAGCGAGGCGGGGCUCGACCCCGACGCGGCAAAGCUGCACGCCGGCGGAACAGCAGAGGGUACUGACGCGGACAAGGAGCGGCAGCACGCGUUCAGGGCCGCGUGGGAGGCGAUGCUGCUCGAGGGCAUGAACGGAGCUGUGGAUUUUGACGGGCUGGCUGCGGAAACAGCGGGCAAGGAGAAAGAGAAAGAGAAAGAGAAGGGGACGGGAACAGGCACGAAGGAGAAUGAGAAGGGCAAGGACCAGGCAAGUGUGGGCGGCGAGCACGCGCCGGACUCGUUCCAGUCGAGUAUCCGGAGGGCUAUGGAGAAGCUCAAAGAGAGUAAUUCGAAUUUGCAGACAGACGCGUCCACCCCAGAUUCAAUCGAAGCUCUGCUCUCGCAGCUGAAAGCUGAAGGUGGUGGCGGCGAGUCGGAGGACGACCUGCAAGGCCUGCUCGAGCAGAUGAUGACAGAACUUAUGAGCAAGGACAUCCUGUACGACCCGCUCAAGGAGUUGCACGACAAGUUCCCCGGAUACCUGGCGGAGAACGCGUCGAAGAUCAGCGCGGAGGACAAGAAGCGGUACGAUAGCCAGCACGCGGUCGUCACGAAGAUUCUUGCGGUGUUCGACGAUCCGACAUAUUCGGACCAGGACGUGCAGAAGGGCGUGCGUAUAGUGGAGCUUAUGAACGAGAUGCAAAGCUACGGGUCACCUCCAGCAGAAAUCAUGGGCCCUCUUCCCCCAGGCCUGGACGUGGGGCCUGAUGGAAUGCCCAAGCUUCCGGAAGGGUGCACCAUUGCGUGA